AUGAUUCCCCCAGCGGACUCUCUGCUUAAGUAUGACACCCCGGUGUUGGUGAGCCGGAACACUGAGAAACGGAGCCCCAAAGCUCGGCCACUGAAAGUCAGCCCCCAGCAGCCUGGACCCUCGGGUCCCGUCCCACAGCCACCCAAGACCAAGCUCCCCUCAACUUCCUGUGUCCCAGAUCCUACAAAGCAAGCAGAAGAAAUCUUGAAUGCCAUCCUGCCCCCAAGGGAGUGGGUGGAGGACACGCAGCUAUGGAUCCAGCAGGUGUCCAGCACGCCCAGCACCAGGAUGGACGUGGUGCACCUCCAGGAGCAGCUGGACCUGAAGCUGCAGCAGCGGCAGGCCCGGGAGACCGGCAUCUGCCCAGUGCGCCGGGAGCUGUACUCACAGUGUUUUGAUGAGCUGAUCCGCGAGGUCACCAUCAACUGUGCGGAGCGAGGGCUGCUGCUGCUGCGGGUGCGGGACGAGAUCCGCAUGACCAUCGCCGCCUACCAGACCCUGUACGAGAGCAGCGUGGCGUUUGGCAUGAGGAAGGCACUGCAGGCCGAGCAGGGGAAGUCAGACAUGGAGAGGAAAAUUGCAGAGUUAGAAAUGGAAAAGCGAGAUCUGGAGAGGCAAGUGAACGAGCAGAAGGCAAAAUGCGAGGCCGUUGAGAAGCGGGAGAGCGAGAGGAGACAGGUGGAGGAGAAGAAGCACAACGAGGAGAUACAGUUCCUGAAGCGGACGAAUCAGCAGCUGAAGGCCCAACUGGAAGGCAUUAUUGCGCCAAAGAAGUGA